AUGGCGUCAUAUCUUCUUUCUUCGGGACGGUUCCCUUCGGGGCAGUCGAUGGUGGAGGCGGCAUGGAUGCGGAGACGGCUCCUCGAGGAAUCCCCAAGAUGGCUGGUCCAAAAAGGAAAAAUGGAUGAAGCGAGAAGACUUCUUGUCAAAAUUCGAAAAAUCGAUCGUUUGUAUUCAGAAGAAUUCGAGAAAGAUCUGGAUGAAGUACUGAGAAUUGAAGCAGAGAAACAUGCAAAGAGUAACAAGAAAAAGAAGAAAUAUACGUUUAUUCAUCUGUUCUGCACAUGGAAAAUGAUGGCACAGACGCUUACUUUCAUCGUGGGAAUGUGA